GUUAAGGGCCCGUUUUAGAACUAAAAUAGCAAAAUGACCGUCGAUAUAAUGUGGAAGAAGCUCCCAAUCAAGCCAAUAGAGGUUUCUCUCAACAAAGUUUUGAGAUGUGGACAGACUUUUCGCUGGAAGAACGUGAAUAAUACAUGGUCUUUUACUACUCAAGAUCGUAUUGUGUUAUUGAAGCAGUUUGAAGAUCAUAUUCAGUAUUCAUGGAUAAUGCUGGAGGGCCAGCCAAAAGACGUACCUCAUUCACAAUUAGAAAAGGAAACCACGUCUUUUAUUGAAGAUUAUUUCAAUUUAGAAGUGAAUUUAGAAUCAUUAUAUAAGAAUUGGAUUAAAGCUGAUCUGCUAUAUAAAAAGAAGAAGACACCUUUCCAGAAAUUUCCCGGUAUAAGGAUAUUGAGACAAGAUCCAUGGGAAACAUUAAUUUCGUUUAUUUGUUCAUCUAAUAACAAUGUUAAGAGAAUAUCAAAGAUGUGCGAUAGUUUAGUUAAUGAAUUUGGUGAAUAUAUAAAUGAAUAUGAAGGGAUUAAAUACUAUUCAUUUCCUAAUUUCCAAUCAUUAGCCAAGCCAGGAGUUGAAUCAAAAUUAAGAGAUUUAGGUUUUGGUUAUAGGGCUAAAUAUAUUUAUCAAACUGCUUUAAAAUUUCUUGAUAAUGAAAAGUAUCCAGAUAUAACUAUUGAAAAAUUGAAUGAUUUAAGAUUACAAGACUAUGAAACUGCACAUGAUUUCUUAUUACAAUUAACCGGGGUGGGUCCAAAAGUUGCUGACUGUAUUUGCCUAAUGGCUCUUGAUAAGCACGAUAUUGUUCCUAUAGAUACUCACGUUUAUCAAAUAGCAGUAAGAGAUUAUAAAUUUAAAGGUAGUAAAACCAUGAAUAAACAAGUAUACCAUCAAAUUAGAGUAUUUUUCAAAGAAAUAUUUGGCCCAUACGCUGGAUGGGCACAAUCAGUUUUAUUUACCUCAGACCUUGGAGAUUUAAAUAAUGGUAUUAAUAAAGUUGAAGUAAUUAAGGGAGAAGAGGAAACAAUAAAAGUUGAAAAUAAAAGAGGAAUUCUAAGAACGCUUUGAUCGGGAUUUAAAAUGUUAAAAUCUCGAUUAAUUUUUUUGGUAAUUGGAACAUCAAAAGACACUUGACGAGUGGCUGGCUUCGCUCCAAAGACGUCAUUCUCCUUUUCUUCUUCAUAUCUGGUGGGUGAAGAUGAUCUUCCUGUAGUGGAAGAUGGAUUUGGAGUUGGAUAUCUUCCCCUAAUAUCAUCAGUUAAUCCUUUUGAGGGCUUUUUAAAUGCGUCAUAAGAGUCUCCUUCGUUUAAAUCUCCGUGUGCCAAUGGCGACGAGGGCGGGAAUUGAUAACUAGCCAUGCUCAAUACUCAAAAGUUGUUAAUCUUGUUAUAAAAUGAAUAACC